GAGGGCGGAACGUGAGUUGCAGGACUUCGUGCCCGGGUGGGAAGGCUUUUAGUGCUGCACAGCUACUUGGUUACUAUGGGAACCGUUGGAACGCUAAGGAACGCACAGCGUUUUGUGUGAGUCCGACUGUGAGCAGUAAAAGUGCAGACAGGCAACUAGUUCUUACGUCAAGAUGGAAAGCGGCCUAACACAGAAAGAUAUGUUUGCCCAAGUCAAUCAACUGUGGAGCAUGCUGGAUGAUAUGGCUGAAAACAGCCCAGAGAGUUACCAGAAGUUUAUACAAAGGCACAUGAAGGAAGGAAAAGAAUUUAUGGCACCUCCAGAACCUAAUCUGUGCAUUCAGACAAAAAUAUUGGAGCCUGACGAGAAGAUACUGUUUAUUAAUAUUUGCCAAUGGAAAAGAGUCCCGGCUCCUAUGUCUGAAGCACACCCUGUACCUCUUAGCGCUGGGCAACUGGAGACCUUGUCUGAUGAUACAGUUGUUGAUAUUGCGUAUAACCCAGAGGUGCUGAAGAGGGCUCACCAGGACCCUGUGGACCUAGACCAGCUUGUACGCUUAGCAAUGAAAUAUGUCGAGGAACAAUACAAAAUCACCCUUUGCCAUUCCUACCACAUUGCUCCAUUCAAGCUCAAGGGGAAUACUAAAAGGAUGAAGGAGAGUUUGGAAAGGAUACAAAAACAGCCAGCCCCAAACAAAGGCAAUACCAGCUGUGCCACAAAUAACUCUUUGUUGGAAGAGCUUAAAAACAUUACUUUGCUAAGAGAAGAACAAGAAACCAGUCCAUCAAUCCGUAUUACAAAGGAAGAGGUUCCUAGAAGCAAAAAACCAAACCUGAUAGAGGAAAUUUCCAGUACUGACCUACAGGAUCCAGACCUGCUCCCUAGUCCCUGGCAUGAGCUGUCUGUUACAAAGAAUAAUGCAGGCCAUCCCCAAAACCUGACAUUAAAGGUCAAGCUAAGAGGAGUCAGCUCAGUGGCAGAGUGUGAUUUAAGUGUAUCAAAGGAUGACGUGCUCCUUGUAGUACCAGGGAAGUACAGGUUGCUGUUAAACCUGCCUCAGGCCGUCAAUGAAGAAACAGUUACAGCAAAAUUCAACAAAGCAAACGACAUUCUUCUUGUUACAAUGCCUGCAUUAUAGCACAGACUCUAUUACAUCACUGAGAACACCUUCUAUAUUCACAUAGCAAACGGAUUUGUGUCAUCGAACACUGUUGAAAAAUUUGUAACAAUUGGAGCUUCAGCCUAUGUAAAAUUGGUAGUUCUGCAUCAUAUACUAACAGAUGCACGCUAUGCCUACAUUGCAGAAUGGACAUUUUUUGUACUUCAGCUGAUGUAGAUCUACAAUGUCAGCAACCUCUUUUCUUGGUGGUGUGUUUUAAACCUCUGCAGCACUUGGGGGGUUAUUUAUCGAAGUCUGAAUUUAUCUCUAUUUUCUGCUACAAACUCUGAUCAAAUACGCUCAGGUUUUUUACACUUAUUUAUAAUUACAUUUUCCCGAAAAUUUGCUUUUCAGGGG